AUGUUCAAGCGUGUGCGUCAAGAAUUAGAAAAGCAGCAAAUUGCAGAUACAGAGUUUGAUGCUGAAGACAAGGAAGAGAAACUCGCUGGUGUCUUUUCCGAGUCCGAGUCAGACAGUGAUAGUGAUACUGACAACUCUGAUGAUGAACAAACAAAGCGAUACAAAAAGAGAGCACGAAAGGCAUUGAUCAAGACUGUCAAUAAACUCGCCGAUGAAGCUGGAUCUGAUGAUGAUAGUGAUGAUAGCGAGGACGAUGAGGAUAUGGAAGAGGCAGCAGACAUCAAUGGAGAGGAUGAGGAUGAGGAUGAGGAUGAGGAAGAGGAGGGCGUCGAGCGAUUCACAUGUGAAAUCUGCCCUGAAAAAGUAUUGAAGACCGUUGAACAUGUCGAGCUUCAUUUAAAGAGCAAAGAUCACAAGAGACGUGUCAGAUAUUUGAAGAAGCAUGGUGCUAUGCCCGAACCUCAAGUCGAGGAGAGAGAAGAUUUACCAGAGGAGAUCAAGGCCAAAAUUGAAGCCAAGAAGGCAAAGGCUGAAGCCAAAAAAGAACAGAACGAACAGAGACGAAAAGAAAAGAAGGAGGCUCGAGUUCAAAAGGCAAAGGAGAGAGUCAAGGCACAUCGUAAAUUAGUCAAGCAAAGAAAAUGGGAACGUGAGCAAGCUGCUAAAAAGGAGGCAGAGGCUAAAGCACAACAAGAGGCACCUGUCAAGAAUGAAGAAGCUUCUAAGAAGACUGCUGCUCCCAAGAAAGCUGUUGAUAAAGCAGCUACUAAGAAAGCACCUGUUAAAAAGGUUGCUCCUAUCAAGAAAGCAGCCAAAGCAUCCAAAAAGUAA